AUGUCUGAUUCUGAACAAUCUGUCAAGGUUCUAAAUGAACUAUUCGAGAAGCUCUCAGUUGCUACUGCAGAGACAAGAGAUGCCACCGCUGAUGAAAUCUCUUCCUUCUUGAACGGUAACAUCAUCGAACAUGAUGUUCCAGAGCAGUUCUUCAAGGAGCUACAAAAGUCAAUCAAGGACAAGAAGACUGCCGCCAACGGUUUGGCUGCUGUUGUCAGCAUUGCCAGCGCUUCCAACUUGUCUCCAGCUGUUGAGCCAUCCGUUGUUGAGUUGGUCCCAGAUAUUUGCGCUAAGGCCGGUGACAAGGACAAGGAUGUCCAAGCUAUUGCCGCUGCUGCUUUGAAGGCUGUCGUCAAGGCCAUCAACCCAGUUUCUGUCAAGAUCUUGUUGCCAUAUUUGACGACCGCUUUGGGUAACACCAACAAGUGGCAAGAAAAGGUUGCCGUCUUGGCUGCCAUUUCCGACUUGGUCGAUGCUGCCAAGGACCAAGUUGCCUUGAGAAUGCCUGAGUUGAUCCCAGUUUUGUCUGAAGCCAUGUGGGACACCAAGAAGGACGUUAAGGAAGCCGCCACCGCCACCAUCACCAAGGCUACCGAAACCGUCGACAACAAGGAUAUUGAGCGUUUCAUUCCAAAGUUGAUUGAAUGUAUCGCCAACCCUAACGACGUCCCAGAGACCGUCCACUUGUUGGGUGCCACCACCUUCGUUGCCGAAGUUACCCCAGCCACUUUGUCCAUCAUGGUUCCAUUGUUGUCCAGAGGUUUGGCCGAAAGAGAAACUUCUAUCAAGCGUAAGGCUGCCGUCAUCAUUGACAACAUGUGUAAGUUGGUCGAAGACCCACAAGUUGUUGCUCCUUUCUUGGACAAGCUAUUGCCAGGUUUGAAGAACAACUUCGCCACUAUUGCCGACCCAGAAGCCCGUGAGGUUACUUUGAGAGGUUUGAAGACCUUGAGAAGAGUCGGUAACGUCGGUGAAAACGAUGCCUUGCCAGAGGUUUCCCACGCUGGUGAUGUUUCUACCACCAGAGGUGUCUUGGAUGAGCUUCUAAAGGGUGAGAGCGUUGCUCCAAGAUUCUUGCCAGUUCUAAACUACAUUGCUGGUAUUGCCGGUGACUUGAUCGAUGAGAGAAUUAUUGACCAACAGGCUUGGUUCACUCACGUUCUACCAUACGCUACUAUCUUCUUGCACGAGAGACAAGCUAAGGAGAUCAUCGACGAAUUCAGAAAGAGAGCCGUCGACAACAUCCCAGUCGGUCCAAACUUCGAUGACGAAGAAGAUGAAGGUGAAGACCUAUGUAACUGUGAGUUCUCUUUGGCCUACGGUGCCAAGAUCUUGUUGAACAAGACUCAAUUGAGAUUGAAGAGAGCUAGAAGAUACGGUUUGUGUGGUCCAAACGGUGCUGGUAAGUCUACCUUGAUGAGAGCUAUCGCUAACGGUCAAGUUGAUGGUUUCCCAACUCAAGAAGAAUGUAGAACUGUCUACGUCGAACACGACAUUGACGGUACUCACUCUGAAACCUCCGUUCUAGACUUCGUUUUCCAAGGUAACGUUGGUACCAAGGAAGCUAUUACCGAAAAGUUGAGAGAGUUCGGUUUCUCCGAUGAAAUGAUCAACAUGCCAAUUGCCUCCCUAUCUGGUGGUUGGAAGAUGAAGUUGGCUUUGGCCAGAGCUGUGUUGAAGAACGCCGAUAUCUUGUUGCUAGAUGAGCCAACUAACCAUUUGGACACUGUUAACGUCGCUUGGUUGGUCAACUACCUAAACACCUGUGGUAUCACCUCUAUCAUUGUUUCCCACGACUCUGGUUUCUUGGACAACGUGUGUCAAUACAUUAUUCACUACGAGGGUUUGAAACUAAGAAAGUACAAGGGUAACUUGUCUGAAUUCGUCAAGAAGUGCCCAACUGCCAAGUCUUACUACGAGCUAGGUGCUUCUGACUUGGAAUUCAGAUUCCCAGAACCUGGUUACCUAGAAGGUGUUAAGACCAAGCAAAAGGCUAUCGUCAAGGUCGCUAACAUGUCCUUCCAAUACCCAGGUACCUCCAAGCCACAAAUCGAGGACAUUUCUUUCCAAUGUUCGCUAUCUUCCAGAAUUGCUGUCAUUGGUCCUAACGGUGCUGGUAAGUCCACUUUGAUCAAUGUCUUGACCGGUGAACUAUUGCCAACUACUGGUGAAGUUUACACUCACGAAAACUGUCGUAUUGCCUACAUCAAGCAACACGCUUUCGCUCACAUUGAAUCCCACUUGGACAAGACUCCUUCUGAAUAUAUCCAAUGGAGAUUCCAAACUGGUGAAGACAGAGAGACCAUGGACAGAGCCAACAGACAAAUUAACGAGGAUGAUGCUGAGGCCAUGAACAAGAUCUUCAAGAUCGAAGGUACUCCAAGAAGAAUUGCCGGUAUCCACGCCAGAAGAAAGUUCAAGAACACUUACGAAUACGAGUGUUCCUUCUUGCUAGGUGAAAACAUUGGUAUGAAGUCUGAAAGAUGGGUUCCAAUGAUGUCUGUUGACAACGCUUGGUUGCCAAGAGGUGAAUUGGUUGAAUCUCACUCCAAGAUGGUUGCUGAAGUCGACAUGAAGGAAGCUUUGGCUUCUGGUCAAUUCCGUCCUUUGACUAGAAAGGAGAUCGAAGAACACUGUGCUAUGUUGGGUCUAGACGCCGAACUGGUUUCUCACUCCAGAAUCAGAGGUUUGUCUGGUGGUCAAAAGGUUAAGUUGGUCUUGGCCGCCGGUACAUGGCAAAGACCUCACUUGAUCGUCUUGGAUGAACCUACUAACUAUCUAGACAGAGACUCUUUGGGUGCUUUGUCUAAGGCUUUGAAGGCUUUCGAGGGUGGUGUUAUCAUCAUUACUCACUCUGCUGAGUUCACUAAGAACUUGACUGAGGAAGUCUGGGCCGUUAAGGAUGGUAAGAUGACUCCAUCUGGUCACAACUGGGUUACUGGUCAAGGUUCUGGUCCAAGAAUCGAGAAGAAGGAGGACGAAGAAGACAAAUUCGAUGCUAUGGGUAACAAGAUCUCUGCUGCCAAGAAGAAGAAGAAGUUGUCUUCUGCUGAACUAAGAAAGAAGAAGAAGGAAAGAAUGAAGAAGAAGAAGGAAUUGGGUGAUGCUUACGUUUCUUCCGAUGAAGAGUUCUAA